AUGCAGUACUCUCUCGCUGUCCUUACCACACUUUUCCUCGGCACCGCCACGGCUGUCGCCCUGCCUGUCGCGCCGGAAACCCAGGCCGCGGCCGCCAAGACCCUCGUCAAGGUCAACCUCCCCGCUCCCGACAACUGGCUGACGGGCUCUCGGCUUUACCCAUCCAACAUCAUCGCCGCGUACAGCGCCGAUCUGAAGGACUACCAAACGGCUGAUGCUUGGAACGCAUUUAUCCUGGAGAAGUGUCAGGGCUUCACAGCCUGCACCUCGACUGCAAGCUACCAGGCCACAAACAGCGGCAGCACCGGUGGCCGCUACUGGUUCGGCGAGGUUUAUCGCGGCGGCGCCACCACUGCCGCCGACUACGAGCGUGUUCCUGACGCUGCCUUUGGCGUGACCAACUCGCAGAUGUAUACCAUUCAGGCUUAG